CGAAAAAAGAAAACGAGCCCAACUGAUGAAUCGGAUUCGUCACAAUCAACUUCAUUCCUGUUACACAAAGCCUACAGGAACGAGAAGCUGAUUAGAAAUCAGAUAUGCAGAAAUUCAGCUUUGGGUUUCCCCUUUGGCAAAAGGUGCCCGGCUCGCUGCCCGGCUGACCUUUUAUUGAAAAAAGACGACUUGGAACUCUAGGGCUUGAUCUUCUUCAAAAUGCGUUGGAAGGGCUAUCACUUUUGCUUGUCUCCAUUCUAUCUUGUGCUCUUGUUCUACGAUUAAUCUACACUGAUCAUGUCGGCCCCCCAGCAACCGGAAUCUGACUCUGUCCAGAAUGGACUCGGUGAUAAAUCCGCAGCGAUAACCGACCCGGAAAGCAAUUUGCUAUCUCCAUCCCCAUCCCCUGAAGCUCGCAAAAAAAGAGGUAUUUCGUGGUUCUUGGUCGUUGCCAGCACGCUUUCAUGUAUAUUUCUCUAUGCCAUAGACAACACUAUUACUGCCAAUGUUAUCCCGGUGAUCGCAUCGGACUUCCAAAAUACUGAUAAGCUUGCAUGGCUGUCGGUUGGUUUUAUGAUCGGCGGUGUCGUUGCGGUCCUUCCAUUCGGUAAACUCUAUGGGCUAUUCGACGUUAAGCUUCUUUAUAUCUUGUCUGUUCUCCUAUUUCAGGGCGGAUCGGCUCUUUGCGGUGGCGCCCCUAAUAUAGAUGCCUUCAUUAUCGGACGAGUUAUUGCAGGUGCCGGCGGCAAUGGCAUGUAUCUCGGCGUUAUGAAUAUUCUUUCCAUCAGCACCAACGACAAGGAGCGGCCUAUGUAUCUGGGCCUCGUCGGACUUGUAUUUGGAACAGGAACUGUCGUUGGGCCCCUUAUAGGAGGCGGUUUUGCCGAAUCAAGCGCUACAUGGAGAUGGGGCUUCUAUAUCAACCUUUGCGUCGGCGCCCUUUUCGCUCCUGUCUACCUCUUUCUCAUCCCAGGAUUUGACCCGCGCGGAUCUCAGAAGAUCCGUUCUCGUCUGCAAGACUUUGAUUAUUUAGGAGGAAUACUCAGCGUUGCCGUACUUGCAUGUAUAAUCAUGGCCAUCAACUUCGGCGGUCCAAUGUACGCUUGGAACAGUGCACAGAUUAUAGUUCUCUUCGUUCUGUCUGGCGUACUUGUUAUCACCUUCGGUUUUCAACAGGCAUUUUGUUUUAUGACCAAGGAAGAGCAUCGCAUGUUCCCUGUCUCGUUCUUGAAAAUGAAGGAAGCAGUUCUGCUCUUUAUUUGCAUGGCAGCUUCUAACGCGGGUGGAUUCAUCCCGAUAUAUUAUAUCCCAACAUAUUAUGCCUUCGUCCGCGGCGACGAACCUAUGAACUCAGCUGUCAGACUCCUACCGCUAAUUAUCCUCAUUAGCGUGGUAAUCCUCAUCAACGGCGCUUUGAUGUCUAAGUUUGGAUACUACCAGCCAUGGUAUGUUUCUGGAAGCAUUUUAGUUAUUAUUGGUGGCGUUCUUUUCUCUCGGAUCGAUGUCAAUACGCCAGCACGAAAUAUAUACGGUUACGAGGUUCUUGCUGGAAUUGGAACCGGCUGCUAUAUUCAAGCUGGAUAUGCUGUUAUGCAAGCUUUAACUGAGCCCGCAAUGACAGCAUACGCGAUUAGUUUCAUGAUGUUAGCCCAACUACUUGGAAUCACCUUCGGCCUGUCCAUAUCCGGAGCUGUUUUUGUUAAUUACACAAUGAACGGUCUCCUCAAUACCAUCCCCAAUGUCAGUCACGAUGAAAUUGAAUCAGCUCUUCUCGGAGUAGGAAGCAAUCUUCUGGGGCAACUUCCCACCGAGAUCCAGGCGGCUUCCUUAGCAGUCAUUGUUGAAGGUAUCAAGAAAGUAUAUAUUCCGGUCUAUGUGUCUGGCGCAGUGGGUCUCGUUGCUUCCAUUUUCCUAAAUAGAAAGGGAACGGUACAUGCUUAAAAGGCUCUGCUUGGAGGACUGGCGCAGGCGUUGCAUCGAGAAUGAAUACAGAUAUAUAUAUAUAUAUAUAUCACAAAAGUAAUGGAUACGCGCUUUCCUUACAUUCUGGGACUCAUGGUUUGAUAUCGUAAUCUAUUCUGAUCAAACCGAUAUACCGCAACAUAAUAUCAUAAUCGUCAUCUUUCAAAAUAUGCCCCAAGGUUGCUCAUUUUGUUGUCUACUACUUAUAUCUGUAUUAAAUGUAUUAUUUCAUCCCAUAGGAUACCAACAUUUCGACGUAGCACCCACGAUUUCACAGUGGCCAAGUAUA